AUGGCGAUCUGUACUUAUAACGCACGUACGCUUACAUCGGAAGCAGCCAUCGAAGAUCUGAUGAUGCAAGCCAAGAAGAUCAAGUACGACGUCAUCGGACUGACCGAGACGAGACGACGUCACCCUCUCAACGCAGUAUAUGAAACUGGAGAAGAACUGUUCUUAGGAACAUGCGACAGUAGAGGUGUUGGUGGAGUUGGCGUCCUCGUCAACACGAGUAUGGCAAAGAACAUCGACUCUUUUGAACAACUUACGACCCGAAUCGGACGUCUGCGGAUGAGAAGAUGUGGCCCAAUACCAGCUUUGACUAUCUUCGUCGUUUACGCUCCAACAUCAAGCUACGAAGAAGAAGAAGUCGAAGCUUUCUAUAUGGACCUGGAGAAGUUCUACCAAGAAGAUCAUGCCUUCUACAAGGUCAUAGUUGGCGAUUUCAACGCUAAGGUUGGCCCAAGAAGAACGCCGGAGGAACUUCACAUCGGGACCCACGGCCUACAAUGGAAUGACCAGGGAGAGAGGCUCUCCGAGUUCAUCAUGACGACUAAGACCAUCCAUGGGAACUCGCAAUUUCAGAAGCCCUCUUCUUUACGCUGGACGUGGGAGUCACCCGGUGGAGGGUACCGUAAUGAAAUAGACCACAUCAUCGUCAAUAAAAGGUUCUGCCUGACGGACGUCGGUGUUGUACCAAAGUUCUAUACGGGAUUGGACCAUCGCCUCCUCCGAGGAAGAGUUUCCUUCACAAGGAGAGCAGAGAAAGCCGCCAAGUUCAGAGAGAGAAAUCCCAGGACUACCAUCAACUGGGAUCUCUUCGCUACGCUAGCCGGCUUUUGGGAAGAUUCUGCAAUGGACAACAUCGACGAGGAAUAUGACCGGCUUGUCGAACACCUUCACGACUGCGCGAAGAAGGCUGAGAGUUUUAAAACCACCAAGAGGCGUCUGUCUCUUGAAACUCUUGAGCUGAUACGCCAGCGUGGAGCAGCACGAGCCGCAGGGAACCAAGAACUCACGUCCGAGCUCGCAAGGCUUUGCCGAGAGGCGAUAAAGGAAGACCUUAAAGAGAGAAGAGCAGAAGUGCUGGCUGAAGCUGCAGAGGCGGGGAAAAGCAUCCGCUAUGCCCGUCGAGACUUCGCCAGUCGCAAGACGAGGAUGACUGCUCUCCGGAACCCAAAGGGAACAGCCAUUGCAUCGAGAAGGGGGAUGGAGAAAAUCAUCUACGACUUCUACUCUGAUCUCUUCGACAGCCAUGUCCACUUGCCUCCUCACCAUCUGAGGGAAGAUGGACACGUCAUUCCAGAGGUUCUCCCGUCCGAAAUACGACAUGCUAUCAUGUCGGUAAGAAAUCGUACGGCACCCGGUCCCGACAGAAUAAGACCAGAACACCUGAAGAGCCUUCCGUCAGUACUCAUCAACACCCUGGCGAGGCUCUUUACACGUUAUCUGUCGGGAUGCAAGGUUCCUAAACAGUGGAAGACCAGCAAGACCGUGUUGUUGUAUAAAAAGGGAGAUCCACAUGACAUCGGCAACUAUCGCCCAAUCUGCCUACUGUCCGUCAUCUACAAGCUCUUUACAAGAGUAAUCCUUAAUAGGAUUGAAAAAGUCUUGGAUGAAGGACAGCCAUGCGAGCAAGCAGGGUUUCGAAAAGGAUUCAGCACGAUUGACCACAUUCACACUGUUUCGAAACUCAUCGAGGUAUCACGAGAGUACAAGAUGCCGCUCUGUCUCACCUUCAUCGACUUAAAGAAGGCUUUCGACUCGGUUGAGACGGAAGCGGUCGUGGAAGCCUUGGACAACCAAGGCGUCCCUACUCAAUAUAUAAAGGGUGAUACAAUUUCACCCAAAAUAUUCACAGCCACCCUCGAGAACGCAAUGCGAAAGUUGGAAUGGGACGACAUGGGAGUGAAGGUUGAUGGUCGGCAGCUACACCAUUUGCGCUUUGCUGAUGACAUCGUACUGGUAACACCUAGCAUCAGCCAAGCGGAACGAAUGCUGACCGAAUUCGACGAAACAUGUGGAUGCAUCGGUCUUCAGCUGAAUCUACAAAAGACGAUGUUCAUGCGGAACGGAUGGGUCUCGGAUGCCCCAUUCACGCUCAACGGAACGAACAUAUCCGAAUGCACCAGCUACGUUUAUCUGGGUCGGGAACUGAACAUGAUGAACGACCUGACCCCCGAGCUGGGCAGGAGGAGACGAGCGGCUUGGGGAGCGUACAAGAGCAUCGAGGAUGUAGUGAAGAAGACCAGGAACACCCGGCUCCGUGCUCACCUCUUCAACACCACCGUACUUCCUGCUUUGACCUAUGCUUCGGAAACCUGGGCAUUUCGCAAGCAGGAAGAAAACGCGGUAAGCGCAACGAUUUGGGUUCGUUUGGUUCCUGGGUUUAAUAUCCAAUGGAAUGAUGCCUUGAAAUGUAUGGGACUAAGAGUUUGA